CUCUAGGAGCGCGGCGGGCAACUCUCUGCUUCGGUGGGCCGGGCCGGUGGAAAGAUGGCGGCGCCCGCGACCCUGGCUGAGCCGCAGGCUUCUGGGGGGCCUCGGGCCCCUAUUUGUCUGUUGGUGUUGGGAAUGGCGGGUUCUGGGAAAACAACCUUUGUGCAGAGGCUUACAGGACACUUGCAUAGCCAAGGCUCUCCACCUUAUGUGAUCAACCUGGAUCCAGCUGUGCAUGAAGUCCCCUUUCCUGCCAAUAUUGAUAUUCGUGACACUGUGAAGUAUAAAGAGGUCAUGAAACAAUAUGGACUUGGGCCCAAUGGUGGCAUUGUGACCUCACUCAAUCUCUUUGCUACCAGAUUUGAUCAGGUGAUGAAAUUUAUUGAGAAGGCCCAGAACACAUCUAAAUAUGUCUUGAUUGACACACCCGGGCAGAUUGAGGUCUUCACCUGGUCAGCCUCUGGGACAAUCAUCACUGAAGCCCUGGCUUCUUCAUUUGCAACGGUGGUCAUCUAUGUAAUGGACACGUCACGAAGCACCAACCCAGUGACCUUCAUGUCCAAUAUGCUGUAUGCCUGCAGCAUCUUGUACAAAACCAAGCUGCCCUUCAUUGUGGUCAUGAACAAAACCGACAUCAUUGACCACAGCUUCGCAGUGGAAUGGAUGCAGGAUUUUGAGGCUUUCCAAGAUGCUUUGAAUCAAGAGACCACCUAUGUUAGUAACUUGACUCGUUCCAUGAGUCUGGUGUUAGAUGAGUUUUACAGCUCCCUCAGGGUGGUAGGUGUCUCUGCUGUUCUGGGUACUGGCAUGGAUGAGCUAUGCACGCAAGUCACCAGUGCUGCGGAAGAAUAUGAAAGGGAGUACCGUCCUGAAUAUGAACGUCUGAAGAAGUCACUGGCGAGUGCCCAGAGUGAACAGCAGAAAGAACAGCUAGAGCGCUUGCGGAAGGAUCUGGGCUCCGUAGCCUUGGAUUCAGGGACUGGAAAAGACAGCAUGUCUCCUGUGCUGGGCCCUUCUGACCUGAUCCUGACUCGAGGAACCCUGGAUGAAGAGGAUGAAGAAGCUGACAGCGAUACUGAUGACAUUGAUCACAGGGUUACAGAAGAAAGCCAUGAAGAGCCAGCAUUUCAGAAUUUUAUGCAAGAAACAAAAGCACACUACUGGAAGAGAAACAGCACAAAGGAGACUUAGGACAUUUCAGUUGUUUCUAGAAGUCCAAGAUCCUGGAACUUCAUGUGAAGAAGCUGUCUUUACCUGUGACUUGCAGCUAUAAUAAAGAGUAGUUUUCUUUGGUAUAACAGAAUUUCUCUUUUAAGGGAAACCUUGUGAAGGACAGAGGACACCAUGGCGCUGGCAGGUAGAUGUCAGUCCCCUGCUGGACUUUUCCUUGCACUUAGGCAAGGAAGCCUGGACCAUUUUUGGAAACUGAUAGGCCUUUAUUCUAAACUUCAGUUUUGGCAUUUGAACUCAAGCACUUCUGCUGUGUGUGGAAGGCAGAGGACUCACCAUCCUGAUGACCACUUCAAGUCUCAGCGGGAUCCACAGCUUCUCCUUGUGCAGCCCUGGACCCUUGACUACUCCACGAAUUGUUCUUGUAGCAGGAAGGGAGGGGCCACGUGAGCUCGUCUAGAGUGGCAGCGGGGUGCCCUUGGCAGCCAGGCAAUGCUGCCACGAAGCGUGCCUCACACUAGGCACAUUAGCUCAUUAUAGGACACACCAGGUUUGUGGGUAAAUGUGAUUUAUGAGUAUAAGAGUCUUGUUUAGAUUGUGACUUGGAUAAAGAGUUUUUAACUGUCA